ACUUUCAGGUCUCUGUACCCUCAUUGAAUCCCUGAAAAAAAAGGGGGGUCUCUUCCCCUCCAUCGGAAACAUUGUUCGAUAUUGUUUUCUUCGCGGAUCCAAAAUUGUAAAUUCCGGUGAUUAUUUACUCCCAAUUUUAUAUUCCAGGAAACAAAGUAAAAACAGUUGAUUUGAUAAUUAGGUGUUUUCACCGGCAAUGGCAAAAGCUUGCAAGUCGCAAGAAGAAAUUGCAGGUGAAGCUAUCAAACACGCUUUGAAGGCUCUGCGGAAUCGCCAUUUACUCGAAGAAGCCGCUCAUGCUCCCUCCUUUCUAGCACUUUCUAGACCCUUCGUUUCUCAGGGUUCUGAGUGGAAAGAGAAAGCAGAAAAUCUUCAAGUGGAACUUCAGCAAUGCUACAAAGCUCAAUCGAGGCUGUCUGAGCAACUUGUUGUGGAAGUGGCUGAGUCCAGAGCUUCAAAAGCUUUGGUUCAAGAGAAAGAAAAUGCUGUGGCUGAUCUGCAAAAAGAGUUGACCGAAAUGAGGGAUGAGUGCUCUCAGUUGAAGUUGGACUUGGAAGAAAAGAUUAAAGCUCUAGAAGUGGUUGUGAGUGAGAAUUCUGAACUUAAAGCACUACUGGAGGAGAUGACUGCUAAAGCAAAGAAAGCUGAAGCUGAAAACAAGAUGUUGAUUGACCGCUGGAUGUUCGAAAAGAUGAAGGAUGCUGAACGCCUUAAUGAGGCCAACGCACUGUAUGAAGACAUGGUUGAGAGACUAAAGGCCAGUGGUUUAGAACAACUUGCAAGGCAGCAGGUAGAUGGUAUAGUUCGCCGGAGUGAAGAAGGUGCUGAAUUCUUUUCGGAGUCAAAUAUCCCUUCCUCAUGCAAAUACAGGUUACGUGCACACGAAGGUGGUUGUGCUUCCAUAUUCUUUGAGUACAAUUCUAGUAAAUUAAUUACUGGGGGACAGGAUCGGCUGGUUAAAGUGUGGGAUACAAAUACAGGGUCCAUUAGUUCUAAUCUUCACGGCUGCCUUGGCUCAGUAUUAGAUCUCACAAUCACCCAUGAUAAUCGAUCUGUCAUUGCUGCAAGCAGCUCAAACAACCUGUAUGUGUGGGAUCUCAACUCUGGCCGCGUCCGUCAUACCCUCACAGGCCACACAGAUAAAGUUUGUGCUGUUGAUGUCAGCAAGGUUUCAAGUCGUCAUGUUGUAAGUGCAGCUUAUGAUCGUACUAUAAAAGUCUGGGACUUGGUGAAAGGUUACUGCACAAACACAAUCAUUUUUCACAGCAACUGCAAUGCUCUUUCCUUCAGCAUGGAUGGUCAGACCAUAUUUUCUGGACAUGUUGAUGGUAAUCUUCGGUUAUGGGACAUUCAGAGUGGAAAGCUACUUAGCGAGAUUGCUGCACAUUCACUUGCAGUCACAUCAAUAUCCCUUUCACGAAAUGGAAAUGUUGUGUUGACCAGUGGAAGGGACAAUUUGCACAACUUGUUUGAUGUUCGAUCUCUUGAAGUUUGUGGCACAUUAAGAGCCACGGGAAACAGAGUGGCUUCUAAUUGGAGCCGCUCUUGUAUCAGCCCAGAUGACAAUCACGUUGCUGCUGGAUCUGCUGAUGGAUCUGUCUAUAUUUGGUCAAUAUCUAAAGGUGAUAUAGUCAGUACUCUGAAGGAACACACUUCUUCUGUUCUGUGUUGUAGGUGGAGUGGAAUUGGAAAACCACUAGCUUCAGCUGACAAGAAUGGGACUGUUUGCAUCUGGACAUAAUGGCCUUUCAUUUCUUUGAAUACACUGACCCUACAAAAGGAACAAAGGUUUGCAUAUAUGCAACGGGGUGUGUGGUUAUGCCGAAUUGUACAGUUUUCAGAUUUGCUGGAUGAAUUCUUUGUUAAACUGUUUGAUGUUCAUACACAGUAUACUAUACCAUUCAAAAUUAGGAACAAUGUAUAUAUUGAUUCUAAUCGAAGUUUCAUUUAAAUUAGUCACUCUCAAAAUCUCAAUGCAAUUUGAGUAGACAAGUUGCACAAUUUUAUAUAUAUUUAAUUUAAAUAUUGUAUUUUUUGG